CCUAACCUUAACUCUCCUUAUACUUCAACUAAACUAAAUUCAAUUGACUUAAAUGGUAAAACUGUCGAUGGAUCUGGAAGAUUGUUGAGAGAAGCUUUGGAGCGUGGAAUUAGAGAGGGACGAAACGGUCGUGGAUCCAUCUACGUCUGGGCUUCUGGUAACGGUGGUAGUCAAGGCGACAACUGUAAUUGCGAUGGUUACCUAGCAAGUCCUUACACCGUUUCCAUAGGGAGCGCUUCGCAACGAGGAGAAUUCCCUUGGUACGGAGAAGCCUGCGCCUCGACCUUAGCCGUGACCUAUUCAUCUGGAGCUUACCAAGAUCAAAUGAUUGCAACGACAGAUUUACACAACGAAUGCACCAUCAAGCAUACAGGAACUUCAGCUUCGGCUCCUCUUGCCGCUGGAAUCAUAGCUUUAGCUUUAGAAGUCAACCCUAAAUUGACGUGGAGGGAUGUUCAACAUUUGAUUGUCUGGACUUCCGAGUUGGCUCCUGUCGCCGAAAAUCCAGGUUGGCAACUUAACGGUGCUGGGUUAUGGGUGAAUACCAGAUUCGGGUUUGGUUUGAUGAACGCUUUGGGUUUCGUGAAAACCGCCGCGAAUUGGACUAGAGUACCAGAGAGGUCUAUAUGCUCUGUACAAUCUUUACCAAUAUUUAACAGCUCAUUUUCUUACGGACAUCCCAUAACCAUUCCCAUAGAGACUACAGGUUGUGAAGGUACCAGAGACGAAGUGAACUUCUUGGAACACGUUGUAGUUAAGACUAAUAUAAAUUACACUCUGCGAGGCGCUCUUGAGGUUCAUUUAACUUCACCUGAAGGUACCAAAAUCCAAUUGCUUGGACCCAGGAAAUUGGAUAAAUCUGCUGACGGUUUCAGGGAUUGGAAUUUCAUGUCCGUGAUGACCUGGGGCGAAGGAUCUCGCGGUCUGUGGCUCCUUCAGAUCUCCGACAAUAUCGGACCCGAAGGCAACCGCGGAAACGUCGGAGAAGUUUUGCUCCAAUUGCAUGGAAGCGCGAAGAGACCCGAACACAUGAGCAACGGCCCAAGGGAUUACGACGAGAACUACAACCGGGUGCACAGCCGGAAGCGCUUCCGGUACGAGACGGAACCCGAGGCGGGCGGGAAAUUCGAAGCAGCGCGGGAUUACUAUUGGCCCAACUGAACCAAUAAUAGAUCAAAUUAUCAU